GUCAAUGUGCUCUCUGUACUCGAAGUUGACGAACGUAUACGUUCUUCGCGCUGUUGAAUACCUCUUCUGACGCCGCCGCCGCCGCUGCAGCGAUGAUUGUAAAAAGUUCACCGUAAAAUCAAAAGAAUCGAGGUGAUGAUUGUAAAGUGACUAAAUUCGGUGCAGUGAAAACAUUGGGGAAACGAGAAAAAAAAGUCACUGCGGAAAAGAUAUUAUCGAAAGAGUUGUUUUUGUUGUGCGGUUGUAGGCUAGGAAGAAACAGGAAAAAGCAGUCGCCGGAAUGGAGGUUCUGGCUUCGGUCAGCUCGGUUCUAUCGAUGUUCGCGUUAACUCCCGUCAUCAGCCUUAUGUUCUUCAUUAUAUUUCUGGCCUCGAUUGGGAAAUCCUUGGGUGUGCGCCGGAUGUACGUGAGCCUACUGGUGAAGAUUUUUGAGUAUGGCCGUCAAAAUAUCGAGUCCAUCCGGAAGCAACAGUUUGCCAACCUGGACACAUCGGACACGGAUGACGGCAGCACCCAAGCUGGCAAAGAAACCGCCGAUGCUGGUUCCGAGGGCGACAAACCGGACUGCGCCAGCAAACUCAACGGUAACGCCAACAAGCAUCUCUCGAACGGUGAUCUCGCCAACGGAGGCAACUCGGUCAUAAGUCGUGUUGAGUCGCUUAUUCUGCUGCCGGACGUCGACGGCACCCGGAGCAAGAGCCGCGAAUCGAAUCACGAGGACGGGCAAAAUGACUCUUUAGAGUUUAAAUUAUCAAACUGUUUGGAUUACGUUAAAUCCGGAAUGGAAGCAAUCAUCGAAGAUGAAGUGACAAGUAGAUUCGAGGCAGAAGAGCUGAAGAAUUGGAAUCUGCUCACUCGCACGAACCGGCAUUAUGAAUUUAUAUCGUUGAAACUAACCAUUAUCUGGGUGUUUGGGUUCUUCAUUCGAUAUGUUAUUCUAAUGCCAAGUAGAGUAUUUAUCUGUUUCGUUGGGGUCGUCUAUUGCGUGAUAGGAUUUGCCAUUGUCGGCAUAAUACCCCAGCGGAAGCUGCGAGUGCGCGCGAAUGAUUAUGUGUUCAAACGUACGUUCCGCAUAAUCUGCCGCUCCUUGUCCGCGGUGAUUAGAUUCCACAACGCCCAGUUCAAGCCAAAAAAUUGUGGCUUUUGCGUCGCGAAUCAUACGACUCCAAUUGAUAUUGCAAUUCUUUCAACAGACCACUCCUACUCUUUGAUUGGGCAAAGACACGGCGGCUUUUUAGGAGUAUUGCAGCGAGCUCUGGCACGGGCUUCGCCACACAUCUGGUUCGAGCGUGCGGAAGCAAAAGACAGAAUGGCAGUUGCUAAAAGACUGAAAGAGCACGUGUCGGAUCCUAACAAUCCACCGAUUCUGAUUUUCCCCGAGGGUACUUGCAUCAACAACACUUCUGUAAUGCAAUUCAAAAAAGGAAGUUUCGAAGUUGGAGGUGUGAUCUACCCAGUUGCGAUAAAAUACGAUGCACGGUUCGGAGACGCGUUCUGGAACAGCUCGCGAUAUUCGAUGAUGCAGUAUUUAUACAUGAUGAUGACAUCGUGGGCAAUAGUAUGUGAUGUCUGGUAUCUUCCUCCGAUGACGCGCGGAGAGGACGAAUCCGCGAUCGACUUUGCCAACCGGGUGAAGGGCGUAAUCGCGAAACAGGGCGGUCUGGUCGACCUGGUGUGGGACGGCCAGCUGAAGCGCAUGAAGCCAAAGAAGGAAUGGAUGGAGAAGCAGCAGGAAGAGUUUACCAAACGACUCAAGGGAGAAUGAGUCACAACAACCAAGGCGAAGUACGGAGACACAGGUUGACCCAGUCAAGCAAGAAUUUCAAUUUAUGCCAAUAUGCUCGAUAUCAUGUGCAUGUGCAGCUUUCUGCUAUCAUUUUCGAGAGUUUACGUGAAUUUUUAUUAUUGUAGAAUAAAUACUCUAUCUUCAAAUGCGAAAUUUCAGGGACAAAUAUUGCAAAUGACCUGUUUUACAGACAUCUAUCGAAUUUUAAUCAAUCCAGCACCCGAAAAGUUAUCUGUGAUCUUUGAAAAGGGUUGCUAUAGUAGAAUAAACUCUACAAUUAUGUCGACGCACUAGUAUGCUAAUAUUUACAAGCACUAGAAAACAAAAUGUGACUCGUUGAAAGCAUUGCACAACACCGAAUUUGGGCCUAAAAAUACUACUUGAAAAAACUACAAUCUGAAUUAAGAAAAAUAAACUAUGCUUAUCCAUAAUUUCUCGGAAGUUAGGAUUCCAGCUUGUUGUGCAGUGUAACAUCAUUUUAUAGUUGUUUGAUGCCUGAUGGACGUUUUUUCAAUUAUUUCAAGACAAAAUGAACCUUUUCGCGCCCCCAAUUGUGGAUUAACCAAAUAAGAAUCUGAUACUAUUCAGUAACUCUCUACCUACCUGGGCUAUUCUAGCUUUCAAUCAAACCUGAAAUUUUCGAUUCGAUUGAGAAUUUGAAAAAAAGCUCUAUAUAUUUUUUUCUCUGCUUUAAACUAUUUUCUAAAUUUUCAUCUUUCACGUGAAAUUAACAAUUAAAAUAAAUACAGAACCAACGUUGUCUGUUGUCGAUUAUGCAUUAGUACAGCUGGUAAAGCCAAUUGAUGUUGUGGGUCCUAAUUUGCACUAAAUAGAAUAACUAAGUGAUAUGCGCAGUCUAAACCUCAACAUUAAGCUUUUUUGAAAAUGCGGCAAAGCCCUAUGUAUUAUAUCGUUUAGUACACACCACAUAUUUGACUCAUUGUAAUAUAUGAAAUAGAGAAAUUUACUAAAUAAGACUGAACAAAACUAUUUUUGACUAAGAUUAAUGGCAUGGUCGCUGUGCGAGUCGAGCAACUGAUAAUUCAUCGAAAACAAAAAGCGGUGGAAGGCUUAGUGAUAGUAUUUAGCUUUUUCGGUGCAUUUAGUUUACGGGCACAAUACCAAUGUGAAUUUUUCAGUUUUGUUUUAGUUACAAAAAAAUAGUCACAAUACGUCAAUUUAUACGAUGCUGCAAAACAAGAAGGAGAAAGAGAGAUGGACAAUCACACACCACAGCUUAGUUUGGUAACAAAUCGGUUGUAAAUUUAUCAAAUUUUAAGCGCACAAAUCAAAAGACAGACAACUCAGUGUUAUUGUGCAGAUCGCGAUUUAAAGAAGGCGUCCAUAUUCUCUACAAGAAAGACAGUAGUUCCUCCAGCCAAAUCUUAUCACGAAAUUGGGUAGGUUUCCUUCAAAAAACCUUCAUCAUAUUUGCGGGUAGAUCGUUCCAGUUGUAAAAAAAGAAGUCAAAUCAGUGUUUUAACAAUAUUCAAAUCACAAAUAUUGUGUAGUGCACCAUCGUACCUACUAGGAGUUGUUUGAGUACAUGAUUUCAAUUUUCAUUCUUCAAAAGAACGGCUGCCCAAACCAGUCCUAUUACAGCAGUGUAGACUUUCCAGUGCUCCAGUAAGUAGUGACUACGAUAUUCGGUUCGAGCCAUCGAUUGAAAUAAAAAUAAGAUUUUUGUUAAA